UCAAAGGCCGUUACAACUUCAAACAAUGGUAUAUUUUCAUAUAUUCAAAAGUGAAAAUAUUGAGAAUCGUUCAUAUGGUGGGAAGUUCUACUAUGUCAAAUGGAAGAGAAUGCAGCGAGAUUGACUUGUCCAAGAUCACCCUGAGGCCCUUGGAUCUCGAUGAUAUUGAUGAUUUCAUGGUGUGGGCCACAGAUGAGAAAGUCCCAGUUUUCUGCACUUGGGAACCUUAUGCUUCCAAAGAAGAGGGCCUAAACUACAUCAAGGAUGUUAUCAUCCCACACCCUUGGUUAAGGGCAAUCUGCCUUGACAACAUGCCAAUCGGUUCCAUUUCUGUGACCCCUUUCUCGGGCAAUGAUCGGUGCAGAGGUGAACUUGGAUACGUUUUGGGGUCCAAGUACUGGGGCAAGGGAAUUGCAACCCAGGCUGUGAAAUUGGUGGCUGAUGCUAUAUUCAAAGAGUGGCCACAUUUGGAUAGACUUGAAGCUCUUGUUGACGUGGACAAUGUGGGAUCACAGAGGGUGCUUGAGAAGGUAGGGUUUCAGAGAGAAGGUGUGUUGAGAAAGUAUUUUAUCUUGAAGGGAAGAAGUAGGGACAUGGUGAUUUUCAGUCUUCUUUCUACAGAUUGGCAAACUUGAUGUAUUUGUACCCAAUAAAAGUAAUAGGACAAAUAAUGCAACUAAUGUUCUAUCUGAUAUAUAUUACUGAAAUGUUAGUAAUAUUUGAUAUAUUAUGGCUUUGGUGCAACAAUACAACACUGGCUAUUGCCUUUCGAUUUC